AUGUCGCGCCAUCGCGUUAAGGCUGUGAGCUACGACGAAGAUGACUUUGACGAUGACUAUGAUUCUCCGGAUCCCGAGGAGGAGGAAUUCCUCGAGCAGUGCACUGCAGAAGUGUUGAACCAGCUCCGUGCAGGGGACCCUCCAGUCAACGCGACUCGCGAUGAGGUGCAAGAGGCGCUAUGGCACUAUUACAAUGAUGUUGAGAAGUCUGUGAAUUACCUGAGAGGUAAAAAGGCGAAGGAGGUCAAGAAGAAACAGGCUCCGGCUCCGGCUCCGGCUGUCAAGGCAAAAGCAAGCACAGUGCCUGUAUAUCCUAUUCCAUUGUCUCCUCCGGCCUCUUCAACUGCACAUUUCUCGGCAGCCGACUUCUUUCGCGAUGCACCGUGGCUAAACAUCCCUGCACACCGUAAGGCGGACAUACUCGUUGAGCCUCUAUAUCCCCGGUUGGGUCUGCUGGGUGGUGCUCCUGAGAAUUCCGGAAAGGUAUCCAAGUUGGCUGCUUUGGCUGCUGCGCGCAAGAAGAAAGAGGGAGAGAAGUCUGCGGCACCAACCCCUACACCUCCGUCUGAAGUUGAAAGUUCCCGGCCAUCUUCCACUGAGCGAAAGAGCCCCGCCCUUUCUCUCCGUGAGAGACUCGCUAGCAAUGGCAAGCCGCAGAAAUCGUCUGAGGGUCUGCAAUCGCUUCGGUCACUCGGUAAAGGAUCGCGGCUGGGAAGCCCUUCGCCCCAGAAAAUGCCGUCCCCAGAGCCGAGAAAACAAAGCAGUCCGGAGGUCACUGCGCAGGCAGAUAUAGAAUCCCCCGUGUCAACCGACAAGAAGCAGGAAGAAGAGGCCGCUCUCAACAUUCGCGCACCACCGUCUACAUUUGCCAGUACGAUCGUUGGAGAAGCGAUACGCCCAAAGAUGGCCGAGCCCAGCCACCUAUCUGCCAGCACAUUAGAUUUGAUCAAGAUAUAUGGUCAAGAACUUGCUGAACCCUUUGAUUUUGCAGGCCCAAGCCCCGACGAUGUCGUGUUGAAUGCUCAGAGCUCUGCAAAAGGCUUCAAAUCGAAACAACCUGCUUCUAAGUCAGCAGGUGACAAGAAAACCCAGGCUGGUUUGGCUGAAGGCAUGAACAGCCUGAGUGUGGAGGAGAAGGUGAAUGUGAAGAGCAAGAACCUAGAUGUGCUGUCUGAGUACCAGAAAACGCAACGGAAGAAAGCCAUGAAUUUCGCCGUUAUCGGCCAUGUCGACGCAGGAAAGAGUACGUUGAUGGGACGCCUGCUGGCCGACCUCAAAGCUGUCGAUCAGCGCACAUUAGAAAAAUACCGUAAAGAGGCAGAGAAGAUUGGGAAGGGAUCCUUCGCCCUUGCCUGGGUAUUAGAUCAAGGCUCCGAGGAGAGAGCUCGGGGUGUUACUAUUGAUAUUGCAACAAACAAGUUUGAGACGGAGAGUACGGUGUUUACGAUUGUGGAUGCUCCGGGUCAUCGGGACUUUGUACCCAAUAUGAUUGCGGGCGCCAGUCAAGCCGAUUUUGCCGUUCUCGUCAUCGACUCUAGCAUAGGCAAUUUUGAGUCUGGACUCAAGGGUCAAACGAAGGAGCAUGCUCUCCUCGUGCGGAGUAUGGGGGUGCAGAGGAUCAUCAUUGCUGUGAACAAGAUGGACUCUGUCCAAUGGGACCAAGGUCGCUUUGAAGAGAUCGAACAGCAGGUUUCUUCUUUCCUGACAACUGCUGGAUUCCAAGCCAAAAACAUCGCUUUCGUGCCCUGCUCGGGUAUUAGCGGCGAUAACGUAACUAGACGCAGUGAAGACCCGAAUGUCUCAUGGUACAAGGGUCAUACGUUGAUUGAGGAGCUUGAAGCUACGGAACCUUACGCCCAUGCUAUUGAGAAGCCAUUGAGAAUGACCAUUGGGGACGUCUUCCGGGGCAGCGUUCAGAAUCCUCUAUCCAUUUCUGGCCGCAUCGACGCCGGUAGUCUCCAAGUUGGCGAUCAGAUCCUCACGAUGCCAAGCGGCGAAAAGGCCACGAUACGCAGCUUGGAAGUGGACGGGGAGCCCAACGACUGGGCGGUGGCGGGUCAGAACGUCACGCUCAACCUGGUCAAUAUUGAUCCCAUCCAUCUCCGAUCUGGCGAUGUCAUCUGCCGUGCCUCGGCGCCGAUCGCCAAUGUUACGUCGUUUACAUGCAAGGUGUUGGCCUUUGAUCAUCUGUUGCCCAGCAUGGUGGACAUCCACCGGGGCCGCCUGCACGUACCCGGCCGUAUCAGCCAGCUGGUCGCAACCUUGGACAAAGUGACUGGCGCAAGCAUCAAGAAAAAGCCCAAAAUUGUUGCUCCCGGUACUGUGGCACGGAUAGUGGUGGAGAUGGACCAGGCUGUACCUCUUGAGGCACCUACACGUAUUGUACUGCGAGCUGGAGGUGGAACAGUGGCUGCUGGGUUGCUAGAGUAG